AUGGGGCCCUACGAUUCUCAAGGCGCCGGGCCGGGAGGGCUGUAUGGCGAUGCUCCGGAGAGCGCGGGGGCCACGGGGCGAUCUGACGGGACAUCGCCGCGUCGCCGAUAUGAUGAGUCGUGGGUAGAAGUAGCCUCGCAGCCGUCGUCUUCGUCCUUGUCAUCUAUCGGAGAUGAAAUCGUAACUACGGGCCUCAGGGUCGGCACCAACUCGUACCCGCCCAGGCGGAGGAGGUCGCAACAGCACCGGCCAAUGCCCGCAUCUUUCGUUAUCGGACAUCCCUCCAGUCGUGGCGGCGCUACCAGCAGCCAGGAAGAAUAUGACGAGACGGAGAGUGAAGAGGAUAGAGUUAUGACGAGCUCAAACGAGGCAGUGCAUCCCUCGGCGAAUCUGCUGCGUUACCAGACUACUGUCCGCCGGGCCAUAGAUAUCGAUACUGAUAGUGACGACGACGAGAAUGCGACCGCCCUUGGUCGCCCGUCAGAUGCGCCCGCAUUCAGGCCACAGCCAAAUGCCUUCUCGCACCCGCCAUCACACCUAACCCACCGCCACUCAACCAGCUCAGUACCUCCUCACCACCCACCCCAAUCACGGCCUCCCAUGCCUCACCGCUCACACACCCGUACGCAUCGCGGCCACCCGAAUUUCAUGUCACCUGCCUACCAAGCCGAUCACGACGCCGCGCUUCGUGCUUCACUCACGACUCUGCUGUCGUGUGCUCAGGCUGCUCGUGGUCUAGGAAAGGCCGAUGAGAGACGUGGAGCCGGACCCUCAAAUGCCGGCAUGGGUGGACUCGGUGCAGGGGUUGGUAUCCUGCCAAGCUCGCAACCGAUGGAGCUGAGGCUCGUUCCCGAAUCGGAGCUCCUGGCCGAAGGCCCACCUCCGCCCUCCGUUGGCGGAUCCGGCGGGCCGCCCAAGGCUCCACUUCGAACCGCAUCCAACUCCAGUGCUCCCAGUGUCCCGUGCUCCACGUCGAGCAGAGGAAAGGAGGAGCAACAGGAUUCGGCAGAGAAGCACAAGCGUGGCGCAACCAACCAGACGAAAUCCUCACGGGCUGUCAAGAAGAAAAAGACCAGCUCACCUGGAUUCGCCGAAGGGGAGACAGCAACCUUCCUCAGCCCGACGCUCAUGACUUGGGUGGUGAGCGCUGGUGUGGUGGUAUUGGUUUCCGUGGUAGGGUUUGGGGCAGGCUAUGUCAUUGGGCGCGAGGUAGGUCGGCAAGAGGGGAGUGCGCUGGGUUCCUUUAGCGCUGCUGGUUCGGCGUCAAACACCUCUGCGAGCUGUGGGCGCGAGCUGGUCAAGUCCACAUCCGGUGGAACGCUGAGGAGGUUCCGAUGGGGCUCGAUGGGAAGCAGUGUGACUGCCUAG